UACCCACGGUAUUAGGGGGAUGUUUAUGCAUCCACAAGUUUAAAGAGUUUUCUACUAAAUUCUCAUAGGUGUUUAAAUGGAGUAAAUAAUGUGCUUUAAAAAUGGCCUUAAGCUUGGAGUAAAUCACAUGUUGCUAAAAUCGUCCACCCAAAACAGAAACCUGGCUAGAAAGGGUGGUUUCGCACUGUAGGCUGGUGGAGAAAAGGUUCUGUCAAAAGUUUAAAUUGUGGUGUGGAUAAGUGUCAACUAUUAUCAUGCCUUGGUAUCUUACCACAUGACCAGGGAUGGAUCCUAGAGUUAAGGUUUAGUGGUGUUGUCUUGCGUGACAGACUGGGAAUGACAUUUAAAUAAAGCGUCUGCUUAAAGAUAAAGUUUAGUUAUGAGUCUUAUAUGAUGUUUUUGAUGUUAAAUGGCAUGUAUCACUGCAAGACUGAGUUGUUAAAUUAAUAAAUGGUAACACUAAUGUCUACAAUGUGUUAUCCAUAUUUUAAUGAAUGAAUAGUAUAUACAGAUUGUGAUCAGGAUAGUACAUGUACCGGUAUGCAUCAUACCAAGGAUGGAAGCUGAAAACUGAAUAAUCAGUAUAAUUAAAAAACUAUUGUUGUGUAACAUCCUGAAACUGAGUAGAAAAAGAUGGAUUAUGUUGUUUCUGUGUGGAAAGUUAGUCACCAGUCGAUUGCAAAAUAGACUACCUUCCUACAUUUGGUUCUGUUUGAAUGAACUUUAUUAUAGCUUAUGAAUACCAACGACCAUAAAACCUUUAUGGAUAAUACUUCUUUUGCGGAAUGUCGAGGACAUGAUAGUGAAUAAUACCAUUAAAACUUGUUGUGAACAUUUGUUGCUGACAGAACUGUCCAUAGUUCAAAGCUUAUCAGCGUAGAUAAUCAAUAGAUAACAAUUGCAAAAUGAGUUGGCUACGAUCAAAAUCCUACUCGUUAAAGGCAAGUAAAAUAUCCAGCAAUAUAGAAGAGAUGGAUACAAUUCUGCGGGGUAUAGUUGCGUCGGACCAUCCAGACUCGCUGAAGCAAGACCUCCUUGCAAAGGUUGCCAAGCAGGGCUCAAACCAGCCUUCCACCAUUGUGCAUAAUGUCCUGGACCUUACAGCCACCUGGUUUCUUGAGGGGGGGACCUCAAUGCAUCAUAAACAUGGACUCAAUAUCUACAAAUCUUGGGCAAAAUGCCACAUGACCAUAUUGGAGGAAUUUUUUACCAAGGACUAUUUGUUAGCUCUGUUAUCAAAGAAGUAUCACUCAGAUGAGACAGGAAGGGUUUUUGUUCUGAUUUUGCAUAGUAUGAGAAUCCUGCAGUCCAGCGCUCAGUCUUCAGAAUUGUUCAGAAAUCAUUGCACAAUUAUUGAGGCCAAGGCAACUGCAUAUGUACGGGAACACCCGUUUGUGGAAUGCCUUAUGCACUUUUCAGAUUUCCUCCUUGAAUUUAAAGAAUGCAUACCCAAGGGUGACAUUACACUUCAAUUCUGCACCCAUCUUGUAAGGUCCCUCAGUUUAUGUGGCCCGCCUGACAACCAAAACGAAAUUCUGAGUUACGUAAAAAAUGUGAACAUUGUUGCAAAUUUGAUGUCACACAUAUGGGAUAAUACAGAUUCGCAGAAUUUGCUUGGUUCGUUGCAAGAAAUUUUCAAAAUCAUUUCAAUGCCAUGUGACAUAGAACCUUCUCUGUGUCUUGGGUCCUUGGUACCCUAUAUUCCUACGAAAGUGAUUCCAAAGGUUGUUCAAAAUGUCAUUAUGGACUCCAGUAUUGACAACAACAGCAUGGUGACUGCCUUACAACGUAUAAUAGACUGGUUAUUGUGGCCGACAACACGUUUUGUGGACAAAUGGAUGAUAGAGUUCCUACAGCAGCUGGCAGCAGUCCAGAAGUAUACCAUCCUUAUCACAGUGACAGAAAAUAAAGUUGACCAGAUCUUCCAGAAGCUGCAGUUUGUUCCUGUACGUGAGCCUGGACUGAACAUAGUGUCCCACAUGCUUCUGAGCUUCCAACACUCUCCAGAACCUUUCCAUAAGAUUCUGCCUAUGGUUCCAAAGAUCAUCUCAGUGAUGCAGAAUGAUGCCUCUGAUCAGUCUCCGCCGCUGCUUGCAAGGCUUGCAGAGCUCCUUCAUGUGCUCAUGUACCUUCAUGCAGGCUUCCCAGAACUCUAUGACCCUGUGUAUGAUGUCAUCAAGGACUUUCCCAAGCCCUCACCAGACAUGAUCAAGUUCCGCCUGCUGGAGUCUAAGUGGACAGCUCACCGUGAUGGCUCCAGUCAGGCGCCCCGGUCCUAUCAGCCCAAGGCAGAGAUGGGCAAGACUGGGCUCUUCAACCUGGGCAACACCUGCUACAUGAACAGCAUUCUGCAAGCACUUUACAUGUGUGACAGUUUUCGUGAAGGUGUGUUACAGCACAUACCCACCCAGGAGCAAGGUCUCAUUGUGAAGCUACAGCAUGUGUUUGCUUUCCUCACACUCUCUCAGAGACCUUCUUAUGCCCCUGUGAACUUCCUGGCUGCCUCUCGGCCACCUUGGUUUAUGUCUGGUUUCCAGCAGGACUGCUCAGAGUUCCUGAAAUACCUUCUUGACCAGCUGCAUGAGCAGGAAACCAGGCAUCAGAAAAAUACCCAGAAUGCACUGGAUGUCCAGCCAAACAGCAGUGAUAGCUUGCAACAGAAUGGUGGGCAAGACUCCACUCUGAUAAAGGAUUACUUUGGCGGUAUGAUGACCUCAACUAUAAAGUGCUUAAACUGUGGACAGGAAUCAAGUAAGAAAGAGAUGUUUAUUGAUUUGCCGUUGGCAUUCCCAGAAUAUGGUUCAUCAGUGGGACAGAAGUCUUUGAUUGGAGGUAGCAGUAGUAAAUCCAAGGAACAGAUGCAAGCCCCAGUGUCUGAAUCCAGUACAACCACUGACGUGGAGGAACGCAACUGUCUCCACCUGAAUGACUUAUUGAAACAUUAUUUGAAACCAGAAAAACUGACUGGCGAUAACAAGUACCAUUGUGAAAAUUGUGGUGGUCUGCAGGAAGGGGAAAGAAGUUUGAAAAUUGUGGAAACACCCGAGUAUCUGAUUUUGACAUUGCUUAGAUUUUCUUACGAUACGAGAUUACAAUCACGCUCAAAAGUGUUUCGAGAAGUGAAAUAUCCAAAGACAUUGCUUGUACCUGUGAGUGACCACAGAUCUGAUACUAGUGAAGCCAAACAUGACAGAAGCGUGUCGUUUGGAUCAGAGAUUGCCAGCCGCCUUGAAACCUGUGGUGUGGUAAUGGGUUUAGACAAUGCAGAUGUCUAUUCCCUGUGUUCGGUGGUGAUCCAUUCUGGGACUUCCUCUGACUGUGGUCACUACUACUGCUAUGCCAGACAUUCAGAUCUCAGCUCUUCCUCGUUACCUGAAGCGACCGGCCAGACAACGAACGAGGAUGACAUUGAUUUUCUUGACGACAAAUGGUACCUGUUCAAUGACAGUAGAGUGUCGUAUGCAAGCUACAGUUCGUUUUGCAAUGUGAGUCAGCGGUUCACAAAGGACACAGCCUAUGUUCUUAUGUACCGCAAGGUGGAUGGGGACAAAUUGAAGGGGUCGACGACACGGCAUUCUGAUCAGUCCAUCCGCCUCAGUAAGACUGACACGCCCCUUAGGGAGGACCUGCGGGCAGCUGUCGUCAAGGACAACAAAUCAUACCUACAGGAGCAAGAGCUCAAUGCCUCCAAGAAAGUGAGUCGCAAGCGCCCAAAUGAUUUCCAAUGGUACAACUGGAAAGACGAUGAUGACAAGGGCGGACAGUUCGGUGGCGGAGGAAACUCGUUUGGGGACCUUGAUACCAGUGGUAGCAGAUUUGUCUUCUAGUCAACUUUGUACCUGUUGUUGGCAUGCUGUCAGGCAAUUUUUCAUUAUAUACAUUGUAGUGAUAUAGGCAACAACUUGAAACAGGGAUAUCAGAGAUACAAAGAGCACAUAUAGGAUGAUUCGUAGAAGGAUUCAGGGAGUAUAGGAAUGUGAUCAAGACUACUGCAGAGACUUCAUAACUUAAAAGUCAAUCUCCUAUGUGUCUGUCUGUAUUUCUUCCUAAGUGGAGUCGGGCAUAAACGGUGUCUGAGCGAAGAUAUCUAAGUUAUAGGGCAAAACUUUUAUUGUUAUGUGAUGUAUUUCAGUGUAAAAUGGUAGUACCGGUAUAAUAUUUGUACAGAAAUGUGAUAUGUGUUGGUGUUUACCCAUGCCUGCAUAAAAAUUGUGUUUGACAUAGUGAACAUUUUCUUGGUAUAAAACUUCAAAAGUGCAGUCCAAAAGUACUCUUUUACUUUGUAAAAGUGUAAAUAAAC